AUGAGUAUUUUUGGGCAUAAUGGCUCCGCUGUCAUUGGAAUGGCAGGUGAUGGAUGUGCUGCAAUAGCUACAGACCUUCGAUUUGGCCUUAAAUUUACAACUGUGAGCCAGGACUUCUCAAAAGUUGAGCAACUUGGACCCCGACUAUUUGUGGGAUUCCCUGGAUUAGCUACGGAUACGCAGACAGUAAUUCAGUUCAGGAAGAAUAUGUAUGAGCUUCGUGAAAAUCGUCCAGUUGGGCCACAAACCAUGGCGAAUAUGCUCCGUAACUUGCUGUAUGAAAGAAGAUUUGGGCCUUAUUACAUCGAACCAAUUGUUGUCGGCCUAGAUCCAGUUUCGCAUGAGCCUUUUAUUUCAGGGAUGGACCUUAUAGGAGCAAUGGUUGAGACUGAUGACUUUGUUGUAAGUGGGACGUGCAGUGAACAGAUGUACGGCAUGUGCGAGACUCUUUGGGUAGAAAAAAUGGGUCCAGCGCAGCUUUUUGAGUGCAUUUCCCAAUGCAUGCUGAACGCCCUUGAUCGUGAUUGCUCUUCUGGUUGGGGUGUACGCGUCUAUCUCAUCGAAAAUGACAAAGUUACCGUUUCUGACUUGAAGGCCCGUAUGGACUAG